CACAAAGGCAAGAAGUAAUUUUCCUGUAAUCACAAGAUGACUCAGGAUGGAUCAUGAGGCUGCCCAGCUGGAAAAGCAGCACGUGCAUGACGUGUAUGAGAGCACCGCACCUUACUUCGGUGACCUGCAGAGCAAAGCUUGGCCUCGUGUCCGCCAGUUCCUCCAGGAGCAGAAGCCCGGCAGCCUCAUCGCUGACAUAGGUUGUGGGGCUGGAAAGUAUCUUAAAGUGAACAGCCAGGUGUAUGCCCUGGGCUGUGACUACUGUGGGCCAUUGGUGGAGAUCGCCCGGAGUAGAGGAUGUGAAGUCAUGGUAUGUGACAACCUCCAUCUCCCCUUCCGGGAUCAGGGCUUGGAUGCCAUCAUCUCCAUAGGAGUCAUACAUCAUUUUUCUACAAAACAAAGAAGAAUCAGAGCAAUAAAAGAAAUGGCCAGGGUCUUAGUUCCUGGAGGCCAGCUGAUGAUUUACGUGUGGGCCAUGGAACAAAAGAACAGGCACUUUGAGAAGCAAGAUGUGCUCGUUCCGUGGAACAGGGCCUUAUGCUCGCGGCUUCUCUCAGACCCCAGCCAGCCGGGGAGAAAGCCAUGUGCACAUCCGGAAAGAAGCCAUCCCUACCAUCCUCCGUGCUCGGUCUGUAGCUGUUCUGUUUGUUUUAAAGAGCAGGGUCAUUCACAGCGGUCCCACAGCAUGGACUACGAGCCCCUGACGGCUGGAACGUGUUGUGCAGAUAUUUCUAAGGAAGGGGAGGAAGAAAAUGGAUUCUCUAACAUGUUAGGAAAAUCUUUUCGCUCCUGGUUUUUCUCUAGGUCUUUGGAUGAAUCGACUCUGAGGAAGCAAAUUGAAAGAGUGAGACCCUUGAAAAAUACAGAAGGCUGGGCCAACAGCACUGUAUCCAUCCAGCCUUCCAGACACUCCAGUUUAGAUUUAGGACGACACCAAGAACCCCUGUCAACAAGAGAACAAAGUUUAGAUGAAGACGUGUUUGUGGAAGCGUCUCAGAAACAACUGGAGUGGCCGAGAGCACCAGCCGCAAGGAAACAUCUACGUGGGGACCAACAAGGAGAAGUGAGGAGAAAUGGAGAUGGGAAUUUUCUGGAAGGCGCCAAUACAAGUGAGAACAGCAUGAAUGAGGAUGACGUGGAGGAAGGUCACCCUUCUGCUAGUAAAACCCUGAGAAGGAUUUCUGCACUUGACUCCACAGAUUCCAACUCAGAGGAGACGAUUCCUGUUGAAGAACAACAGCCCGGCAUUUUGGAUUCUAGAGCCUUUAUGCGGUACUACCACGUGUUUCGAGAAGGCGAGCUCUAUGGCCUGCUGAAGGAGCACGUGGCGGAGCUGCAUGUUCUGAGCUCGGGGAAUGAUCAUGGCAACUGGUGUGUCAUUGCCGAGAAGAAGGACAACUGUGACUGACUGGGUCAUUUUAGACAAUUCCUCCAAAAGGUGAACCAUGUUCUUUUCACUGGGUUUGGUACAUGGUUACCUGAAUUUGUGUCCAAUUUUGUUCUUUUUAAUCCAUUUAUGCUUUGGUUUGUAGAGAUGAUGAAUUGGUCAUCUAGUAAGUCUUUGGAUGAACACAGAGCAUGGCACAUAAAGCAUUUGACAAAAGGUAUUAGUAAAUUAUUAAUAUAAGAGAACUAAAGGAGUAAUAGGAAAUGAACAUCAGUAUGGAUGAAAUCUCCUUUUCCCUGCAAGGUGAAAUUUUUAUGAGGAUACAUGUAUGUCAUUUGUCAGUAAUAGAUGCUGACUUUAACAGGUUCUGGUUGUUGACUUUUUAUUACUAUUGAUGUUGAGUCAACAUAAAAUGUUAUAUUAAUUUCAGGUGUACAACAUAGUGAUUUGACAAUUCCAUACAAGAUUCCAUUUUCAUUUUUAUAAUGAAGGGGGUGGGUGAGUUCUGCUUCUCAGAUUACACUGUAGAUCCAAAUGCAAGAUAACAGGGAAACUGUUCCACUGUGCAGAUGUAAACUGAAUCAUGUGAUACAUUAAUCUGUUGCCGAGGCCUUGCUCUUACUUCAAGUCCUUCAAAAAGUGAGAGAUGGCGGACAGAGAUAAGAGGUAUUACAAGGACUUUUCUAAAUGAUAAGCAGACUUACUUCCAAAUGUAUAAACAACAAGGUUUUCAAUGUUGCAAGGAAGGCUUUUAAAAGCUCUAGGGGUGUGUAGCGAGUGGUGGGUGUAGGUACUAGGCACGUGGCAAGUACCCGGGAGGUAUUUUCAUGACCUCAUUGAAAGCAGAAAUGUCUGGUUAAGAUAAGACCAAGACUGACUAAUGAGGAGUUUUCAUCUAGAGUGAUGCUUUUCUUAUGAACUGAAGCGGUUUUUAGGAACUGAGAAUCUGGUUGAAGCACCAUUUGAUUUUGGUUCUCAUUAUAAAUACACUGUUAAGGGGCAAGAUAUCUGUCCUUGAUAGAGGAUCUAUUUUUGGAUUGUUUUAAAAAAAAAUCUGGGCAUUCAUCUUAUUGGAAGCGACAUUUUAUUCGUUAUGUUAGGGAUUUAGGCAGAAUUAAGUCCUAUUCAAGGUUGAAUUUCUGCCACUUUGAAGGCAAAUGAAUAGACUGAAUGUCAUAUGGUCACUGCAUCUGUUUCGAGUACCCACUGGUCUGUUGAAAUCUACGUCAUGGGUCAGGAGACAGAUAUAAUUGGGAAUCAACAUUUGACGGAAGUCUUUUUAAUUUAUGAACCACUGUAAUCCAGACAAAAAUCCAGUUCUUGUUUUGUAUAAAAUUUUCAUUUGUUUUGCAUUCUUUUUCCCUUCUAUGAUUGUGCUCUAUCUUAAGAUAAUGCUGCUAUGUCCAGAGAAACCUAAAGGAUUAUUUUUAAUGCUUAUCUGGAAAUGACUGAUGUGUAUUUCUCUUUUGGCUUCCAAAAGAGAUCCAUCAUCAUCUUUUGCAUGGGUGAGAUUGUCCGACGGACAAUAUGUGAGAUAUAGGAUUUAUAGUAUUUGGUGCACAGUUUGCAUUAGAGGGACAAUGAAAACAGACCCAGAAAUGGAAUAUAAAUUAAAGAUUAA